AUGAGUGAAAUCAAAAAAAAAUCAAGCAAGAAGAUCAAUGCUGAGAAGCCUAACAGAAAGGCUAUCAUUAAGAUGAAAAAAAUUCUUAAUGGUAAAAAGAAAGUAGAUGAAUUAGAAGGAUUAGAUGAUGUAAUAUACUCUUAAGAUGAAGAAAAUGACAAGUAGCAACAAGAUGAAAGUGAUGAAGAAGGUUAAAAAGAUUAAAGUAAUGGCGAGAAUUUGUAAUAAGCAGAUGAGGAUUCUCAUGCUCUUGAACACUCAGAGUUCAAUGAUGAUAAUGAAGGAGCAGCUUGGGAGGAUGAUGACGAUAAAAAGGUAGAAAUCGAUUUAACUCAAGCUGCAAGAUUACGUAAAUUGCGUAAAACUGAAGAUGAAAAAGUUGUAGACGGUGCUGAAUAUCAACGUAGACUUAAAAGUUUCUACAAUGAUAGAUUAAAACACACUAACUUUUAUGGAUGGGCUUAUGACGAUAAGGGUAAUAAGCGCUAGUUAGAAGAAAGUGAAGAAGAUUAGAUGUUUGAAAAUAAUCCAAAUAAAAUCUUAGAUGAUAUGCUUAAAGUUUAGUAUAGCGUAUACGCUGAAGACAGCAAACCAGAUAGCAUAUUAGCUGACAUUAUUGAUAUUGAGAGAAUAGGCUAAACUCCCGUAAAAACUAAACACGAAGCUGUUGUUUAAUCUAUCGACUUCCAUCCUAAUAGCUAGAUUUUCUUCACCUCCAGCUUAGAUAAAUUAGUAAAGAUAUACACUAUUAGAGAAAAUAGACCUGCUUUUAGAGACAAUGUAAAAUUACUCAAAUAACUCUACUUAGAAGGCAUGCCUGUAUUAUCUGCUGGAUUUAUACCUUCUAAAAAUGAAAUCUUAGCAUGUGGUAUGAAGAAACACUUGCUCUCAUAUAAUUUAUUGAAUGACAAGAUUGAAAAGAUUUCUUCCCAUUUGUUCACUCAAAGAUUCGAUUAAAAAAUUGAACACUUUGCUUUAUCUCCCAACGAAGCUUAUAUUGCUUUGUUCAGUGAAGCAGGAUAUAUCAUGAUUUUAAAUGCAAAAACCAAAUAAUUCCUUUUUGAAUUUAAAAUGAAUGAGCCAUGCACUUCUGUAGCUUUCUCUCAUGACUCUAAGUAUUUGUUCUCUGCUGGCAAAAAUGGUAAGAUCUACUAAUGGGAUAUGUCAAAGAGAUGCAUUUUUGAUGUUAACUAAGACCAAGGCACACAAACAACUAAUAAAAUUAGAGUUUCUCAAAACGGUGACUACAUCGCCACUUCUUCCCCAAGUGGUAUAGUCAACAUUUACUCCUACAAUAAAACUACUUAAACUAUGGCAAAGUCCACCACAAAAGAAAUCUUAAAUCUAACAACUUCAGUCGAUACUCUCUGCUUUAACUAACAAUCUGAAUUAUUAUUAACUGCUUCAAAGUGGAAGAAAAAUGCCAUCAGACUCGUACAUCUUCCAUCAUUUAAUGUCUAUCAAAAUUGGCCUAACUUUAAAACUUAACUUAAAUUCAUAACUGCAGCUUCUUUCAGUCCUAAUGGAAAAUACAUGGCUGUUGGAAACGAUGCAGGUGUUACUUAUCUUUAUAAUUUCAAGCAUUACAGUUGA